CUUUAUAUUUGUCUGUUUUCUAUUGUAGAUAUUAAAAUCAAUAAAAUGAAGAAGCUCUUGGAAAUUCUAUCAAAUCCCAAUAUGCCGUUGGAUACGUUGCUAAAAUGUGAAGUUGUCUUGGCAAAAUUAGAUUUUAAGAGAGAAGACGGUAGUGUGGGACCGCCAGCAACAACAUUGAAGAAGCACCAAAUUUUCAGUCCACUAUUAGGAGCCGUAAGCGCACAUUUCCAAAGUCCGGUAAUCAAUCAUACAUCAUUGCAACGCAUUUUUGGACCAGAGAUAAAAAAUUUGUCAUCACCUUUGAAGAAGCAAAAAAUAGAGGAAUCAUCUAGCGAAAUACCAGACGUAUUACAAGGAGAAAUAGCUAGAUUGGACCAACAAUUUAAAGUAUGUAAUAUCAGUUUCUAAGCUUA